GAACAUCAGCAUAAAAUCAUGAAACUUGUUGUCCAAUGGAUGAUGAAUUGGUGAGUCGCGCGCAGAAGCGUGUGGAAUUAUUCGAAUGGAGGAAGUUAUGGAGGAUUUGCGGAUGCCAUCAGGGAAAUGGAUGUUGUCAGAAUACUAAUGGCGAUUAAUUGUUUUUUAAAUGCUUCGAAGAAUUCGAAUAAAAAAUCGAAAUGACGUCCAAACAAACGUUUAAAAUGAAAUGAAAAGAAUAAUUGAGAAGAUAUAGAGCUUUCCAUCGAAGUCAACAAAAACACGACUGGAGACAUUCAGCUAGCAGAGGUACGUCUGUGGAUAGUAAUCUAAGACAUCCGGAAACUGGGUCCCAGGAUCACCACUCGUUAUUUUUCGAGUCUCCACACCUCCUAAGGGUCAGGAGGGCCUGAAUUCAGUAACGAAGUGGUAAAACGAGGUAAAAUCACUCUUUUCAGACCAGUUUUUGAUCGAUAUCUCUGAAUCUAACAGAGAUAUCAGAAUUUUUGUUGGGACAUUAAUUGUCGCCCUCAAUUAGCUCCAUAAAAAAUGUCAUAACAAAAAUUUCCCUAUCUCCCCUAGACUUCGAGAUAUCCAUUAAAAACUGAUCAGUAGUCCAAAAUGACAUCUCAAUUUACCACUUCGUCACCGGACUUAAUUGACUCCUGGCUUUGGCCAGAGCAGAGCAUCAGCAUAAAACCAUAAAAAUUCUUGCCCAACUGACAGUGAAAGACCAGGAGUACGUCAACUGCAUCCGUAGGUGUGAGGAAACGACGAAUUUGGAGAUGCAUAUUUCAACAUAUUUAUUCAAUGUUAUAUUCCCUCAGCUUUCUAGACUCAUCGCCCACAGCAGCAGUUUGCUUGAAUAUAUUUUUUCAUGUACAGUGCACACAGUGUUAGUGGCAAAGAGCUCGCUAUUAUUAGUUCCUAGUCAUCGGACGUCCCUCCUUGUUCCCCCCAAUGUGGAUUGAAAUAAGCGCUGAAAACUUGUACGAAUAUACUCUGGGUGAGAAGAGCAACCAAAUACUUCAAUAAGAAGUUCAAAAAAUUAUUUAUAUUUUUUUACAAUUAUCUUUUUAAUCGUUGGAAUGAAGUGUUGUCUCGGUAAUCAGUUUCUACCUCUUUCCUCGUUGUUCUGAAUGUUUUUACAUCAGCAUUUUGCCAGUCAAAUUGUGCGUGAAGUACGUAAUAUUGUAUUGAUGUGAGCAUGAGUCUUGUCGCGCAGUUGUCAUUGAAUUUGUACAAGUGUGAGGGUUGGUAGACGUGAACGGAGGACUUCGACCCCACUUGAUGAGGGAUGCAGUUGUCCAAAAACGUAGUAAUAGUGUAGCUCAACGUGGAAAACCCAGCAUCGAAAUUUACAGACCACCAGGCGGAAGAUCAGACGGCACCACGGCGAACCCACAGCUGAACGUUCACGCCAAGGAAUUCACAUUAAAGCAGAUCGAAAUGCACAAUAAUUCAAAACACAAUCACAAUGAGAAUCGAUCGAGUUACUACAAUCUCCAGCAGAGUAAGUCCAGUGGGAACGUCCACAGGUACAUGUACCAACAGCAUCAGGGCCAGCAGAUGAAUUAUCAUCAUGGGCCUGUCUUGAAACAAGCGCACACGUUGAACACUUCUGCCUCGAGUGGAAAUAUUCUGCAUUCUGGAGGCCAGAACAGUCGAGUUCACUUCAAUGUCGUGAAUGCAAGCGACCCAAAGCCCACCGGAAAUUCAAUGAAACCGGGAAAAUUAACAAAAUCUUUGUCGUUCGUAUCGUCUUACGGCCUGAAACGUUCAAAGAGCUUCAAUAAUUCUGAUGCUCUUGCCUACAAAGCCAACAAUAUCCUCGACGCAGCCGAGCUGGGGAGGUUUCCGGUUCCGGUUCAGGAUGUUUUAAUCAAGGCCAUAGAAGAUCCAAAUACUCUGAACUCUAGAGCAUUAAUGGAUCUGGUCAGGCACAUUCUUGGAAGAAUCGUCGAAAACAAACGUUAUGCCGAGCCUGCGGCUAAAGUCUGCAUAAAAAUUAUCGAGAAAGAAGUGAAAGAGACUUUCCUGGAAUCCCUCCUGAACAUGUGCCAGCAGUGGUACCAGGACCAGAGGCGAUCAAUUGACGACACCUCAUCGGGCCACAAAUUUGCGGCAUUCAUGACAUUCCUCAAUGAGAUGUACUGUCAGCUGAAAAGACGUCAAUUACAACUGAAAACGCAGCAGGAGGGAGUUCCCCCGGGUCGAGUCCUCCUGACGCUCCUCUGGAAGUGCUGUCAGGACUGCCUCCAGCCGUCAUUCAUUAACGCCCUCCCAGAGACGAACUCCCUAUUUUUUAUUCUGACGUGCAUCGGCAAGGAUUUGGACAACGAACUGCCAGUUCAACUGGAGCAGCUGUUGGCCUGCGUUCGCGACGCAUUUCUCGCGGAAAAUUCUACUCUCCCGGCGGUGAGAAAGGUUCUCCUGCAGAUAAUUGAACUGCACGCGGCUCAUUGGCAACUACCGGCACCAGCGCUCGUUUAUUAUUACCCUGGAUCCACCAAGUCCUAGCGGCGAUGAUUACUUAAUGAUUACGAAAAAAUAACUAAGACUACGAGAAUUCAGUCCAUCGUGACGGGAUUCACCAGACUUCUAGGCGUCGACAUCCGGUAGCCUUGAGGCCACUGCACAUGAAAUUUGAAAUCAAUAGUUUUUUAUGAAAUUAUCGGCUGACGAGAAAAUCAAUUACUGAUGUCUUAACAAAGUUGAACGUAGGAAAAUUGAAUUUCCAUAUUUAAUUUCCUCUGCACUGAUGACGAGCGCUACCGGUGUUUGGUUUUAAUACCUCUUUGUUUAAUUAUUAAAAAUAAAGAUGAAAAAAAAAAUGAAAUAAACGUGAGAUGAUUUACAAUGUCAA